GGACGCGCGGAGUACCAUUCUGGCUAUCCAGGAACAGGCCACCCCCACGACGCAGGCAUGCACACACGGUCGCUGCCAAUGGCGAUGGUGGCGCAGAGGGCUCAUUCACAGCGGCAACGAACAACAAACUCGCGAAGGACGACGGAGCAGGGAAUGCGACGCAGGCACGCACACACGGUCACCGCCAACGGCGAUGGCAGCACGAGGGUCUCGUGCACGGUGACACGGGAAGCACCGGACGGGGAGAUUGCGGCCACGGCGGCUGCCCGCACGUUGGUAGGAGGAGGAGGAGGAGGAGGGGGAGGAGGAGGAGGAGGAGGGGGAGGAGGAGGAAGUACAGGAGGAGGACGACAAUGGGGAGGAGGAGGAGGAAGUACAGGAGGAGGAUGCCGACGGGGAGGAGGAGGAGGGGGAGGAGGAAGUACAGGAGGAGGAGGACGACGGAGAGGAGGACAAGGAGGAGGAGGAGGAGGAGGAGGAGGAGGAGGAGGGGGCUGGACACCUACCAAGACGAUGGCGUGCUCCCUACGAGGCUGUGAGGAGGAGGAAGUACAGGAGGAGGACGCCGACGGGGAGGAGGAGGAGGAGGAGGAAAUUAGCACGGAAGGUUUUGACGGCAUGGAGGUUGCGAGCCGCAUCCUGUCGGAGCUGGAAUCUGUGGCCACUGAUGCUAGAGACACUGUGGUGCAGAGGGAAGCAUUCCUGCGGCUUGUUGAAUAUGUCGAGACUCUGGGAUUGCUGGUGGAGAACAUUAAUGCCAAACACAUUGAGGAGAUUCCAGAUGUCAUCGUGGCACUGGAGGAGAUUGAUGCCAAGCUUCAGGAUGUGCGGAGGGUUGUUGAUCGAUCACGAUCCAGCAGCAAGAUUGCACUUUUCCUGUCCAGCGUGGAGCUCGUCGAAGAGAUCCAGAAAGUUGUUCAAGGCCUAGGGGAGGCUGGGUUGAAAAUGCCUUUUGCCCAAAUGGGUGACAUACCCAAGGAAGUCCGUGGUCGAAUCAAAACAACCUGUCGGUCCAUGAGGACGGCGGAGUUCCGUCCCACGUUCCUGGGGUCCCGAACUUGUGAGAUGGUUGAAAAGGGCCUUGCUGAAGCCAAUGAUGAUGUCAACCUUGUCCGGGAUCUGUUUGUAUGCGUGUCGAGGGGCAUCGGCCUCGACAAGGAUUUCCCAAGAAUGAGGCAAGAGCUGCAAUUGUUUCGGGAGGAGAAAAAUGCAAAGAGGCAGGUGGAUCCGUCUGCAGUGCAGCGCCUCGAUGAAAUCGAUGAAAUGUUGCACCAAGGAGAGAAACAUUGGCGAGUGAAAUUGGGCGAAGGGUCCAUGGUGGUUGACUUGCCCAGUCCUGGAGGAGGCAACAAUGCUAUGGACCGCGGGGGUAGAUCUGAAUGGCCGGUAUUGGGAAGAGGGCGGGAUGUAGGGGGGGGAAGGGUGGGGCAGGUUAGACCACAAGUAGGAGGGGGAGGGGUUGGGGGUGCAUAUGCCAAUGCCAAUGAUUUGCAGUUACCCAAGGGGGGGCGGGGUGUUCGGGGCUACGGGGGCGCCGAACAGCCACUGGCUCCUGGCAUCCUGAAAGAGGCUGAACCACAACUGGAUGAAGUAGGGCCAAAUGGUGUGGCACCGAUCAGAUAUCAGGCACCGGAUGGUACACCUCUGCCAAGGCCUCUGGCAGCUCAACCAGAACUGGCCAGCGAAGGAGGUGUCAGAGAUGGAGAGGGAAAUCCUGUGGCUGCUAUUGGAUCACUGGACGCUAAGCAGGGAGCCACGCGAGGAGCUGAAGAGGGAUCUAUACGACGGCCUGGACCAGGAGCUGGACCUUUUCAGGAACCAGGAGGUGAAACUGGGAUAGACCCUCGGGGCGGUAAGAGGAUGGUGGAGGCUGGAAGACCGAGUCCAAUAUACGUGCCGUUUCGUCGAGCAAUUGAUGUGAGCCCUGUUCGUCCUGCACAACAGAGUGGCAGAGAUUUGAGUGUAGCCAAUGGUGGUGGCGGAGGUUCCGUGGAUGGCAUCCCAAACGCAGGUGGGGGGAAUAGACAGCUGGGUGUCGAUUCUAGCAGGGAUGGGGGCUCGUCAGGGGCAGUGGCAGCGCCUCUUGUGGAGCACGCAGGUGCAGCCGAUCGUGGCAAAGGAGGGGGCAGCCAUGAUGCCAGAUCCCCCAUGCUAUCUCCACGUGCGGCAGCUGCUCAUGGGCCACUUUACCGUGGGAGAGGUGGACAUGAGGGAAGGUUGGGUGGGUCUGAUCAGAGCAUGCUCUCCAAGGAGGGGAGUGAAGGAGGUGGAGGACCUAGCAGCAGGGGUGGUAUGGAGCGGGAGCGUCAAUCAAGGGCAGCAGGAUCCUUGGCGAAUGGAGCGCUCGAGAGGCGGAAUGCGAGGGGGAGGCUUGAUGGUUGGCCUGGAGGCUUAGGUUUUGAGCUAGUGACAAUCGGGAUGAUUUUGCCAAAAGAUAAGCACGAUGUAUGGCUCGUCGACGCAGAACCACUAAGUUCCCAAGAAGUAGAAGAAAGUGGAGGAGGUGGCGGUGGAGGAGAAGGAGGAAAAGCUCCAGGCCGUCUGGGGAGGGGUGCAUCUGCUGAACCUCAGAUCGCAGGCGAUGCAGCCUCCGAUAGGGGGAAGACCGCCGCUGGCAGUGGCAGCAUAAAUCAGGGACUGCAGGGUUCAGCAUUUGACAGGGGUCAGGGACGAGGAGUACCGUCAGGAGUGCAGGGAGACCUGUCAGCCAGAGAAAGAAGCGAUGAUAACCGUUUCCAAAUGAGACCAACUGGUGCUGCUCUUACCGAUAGUGGUCAGACGAAUGUGUCCGUGUCUCAGAAAUCUCCUGCAAACUCCGUAUCUGGGUGGGCAUCUGAGUCGCAGUCAUCGAAAAUCUCAAUACCUAUUCAGGCGGCAGGAGGACGACAGCUGGAUGGAGUACCGAGCAUCUUCGUUUGUCCCAUUCUGCGAGAUUUGAUGAGAGAUCCAGUGCUUCUUCUUGGCUCGGGUGCAACGUUUGAGAGAAGAGCAAUAGAGGGAUGGAUUCGUGCCGGGAACAAGACUUGCCCUGCAACAUCGGUCGAGCUGCGGUCACUGGAGUUGGAGCCCGACGAGUCUCUGCGGCUGAAUUUCAUAAGCUGGACAAGCCAACUCUUGUCGUCAGAAAAAGACGAGGAUCAUUCAAAGGGUCUGACGGUCAUCUACCUCUGGUGUGUUGACAGCGAUGACAACAAAGAGCUCAUCACGCAGGAAGGUUCACUUGCGCUUAUUUGUGCCCUCCUCAGGUCCAACAACCGGAAAAUUCGCCGCAAGUCCAUGGCACUUUUGCACUGUAUUGCGCAGGAUGCAGAGGGCAGAAGGGAGAAGGUGAUAGCUUCUGAGUCGCUUCCAUCUAUUGUGCGCAGCCUCUCUAGAGAUAUCAGAGAAGCUCGUCAGGCUGUGGCACUCCUGUUGGAACUGACCCAUACGAAAGCGGCAGCAGAGGAGCUCGGGCGGACACAGGGUGCUAUUCUGCUGCUUGCGACUCUAUGCAGCAACACCGAUGCAGAAGCUGCUGCGAAUGACGCAAUGGCAGUCCUGCAGCGCCUUGGACAAUUUGAUGCAAAUGUUGUAAAGAUGGCAGAGGCUGGUGUGUUUGAACCGUUGAUCAGAAGACUCAAAGGAGGGACUGAUAAGGACAGAGAGAUAAUCUUGGAAGAAGUUUGCCGGAUGCGGCUGACAGAUCAAUCGAAAAUCCAACUGGUUGAAAGAGGUAUGUUGCCAAUAUUAUCCGAAAUCCUGUCGUCGCCAAGCAUGGCAUUGAAGAACUCUGUCAUCCGGCUCCUGUUCAGCUUGUCGUCCGUUGAUGCCAAUGCUGUGUGCAUAGCUGAUGCGGGCUUACUGCCGGCGAUUCUUGCAGCGCUGUGCCGGAAUUCCCCGGCUCUUGCUCCUCUCAAAGAGCUGCUGUCAUCGUUGUUGGUGAACCUGGUAAGUGCGCUCAGAAAGCGGAAGGCGGUCGGGUUGGGUCCUGUCCGGGGCGCACACGCAGAAAGGGGUUCUGGUCAACCAGAGACGCUAGCUCUGGAGAGCAGUGAGGCUAUUGGUCAGAUGCUCAAACUUCUCUCGGAGAGGCACUCAGAUAACUACACGAUACAAACAAACAUAAUGAAUACAAUGCUUGGAAUUGGGAUGGGAAAUCUUCCGGAGGCGGUUCAAGUGCAGAAAAGGAUGCGGGCAGCAGGGUUUGUGCGGGCAGCAAUGGAAUUGAUGGGAACCACCGGGCAGCUCAGGAACAGUGCGAUGCAGGUGCUUUGGAUGCUGGCUGAACAUGGCAGCAAAGAGGUUGCAGACGGUCUUAAAUCGCAACAGCGAAUGAAAUUGCUAGUGGAUGCGCUUGAUCCCGACAGGCCGUUAGAGGAGCGCGCAGCGGCAUCUGGGAUUCUUGCGGAUUUGCCAGUGAAUGACGACCAGGUGACGAAAUUGAUGCUAGAAGCAGAAGCUUUGGUUCCACUUUACCGUAUCUGCGUGGACAGCAUCGAUGUCCUGAAGCAAGGGGGAUUCCAAUCUUCCCGGCCGGUUUUGGAACCGUAUCAGGGUGGGCAACUGAUUCUUGGCAGGCUAUGGAUGCGCACGAGGGGCACAGACCGAAGGGCGGCCGUCGGCAUGGUCAUCUUGGAAAAUGCUCUGGGUGUUUUUCAACGCUUUACAUGCCCUGAGAAUCAGCCACUGCAGCUCAGGGUUGUUGAAAUGGGUCUGGUGAAUACUUUGCGGGUGCUCCUCAGCGUUGGUUCGGACCUCAGCCGAGCUCGUACCGCAAAAGUGAUUGGCAAUCUCUCUGCUGGUGCAGCAGCUUUGUCGAGAGAAAUCAAGCCCGAAAAGCGCUGUUGUUUCUUUAUGACUGCUGUGCUGGAAGAUGAAUGUCGUUUGCAUGGCGGGGUUUGUGACCCAGACCGUCCUCUCUGCAUGAUCAAGGCAGGCGUUCUCAAAUCUGUCGUCGGUCUCCUGAACGAGAAAACACCGGCAUUGGUCGAAGCUGGACUUCAGGCGCUUUCCACUGUCCUUAUCACUCAGCAUCGGAACGGGAGUGAGAGAGCUGCUCGGCUUCUGGUAGAGGAACAGGCAAUUCCUCCUAUUGUGCACAUACUCAUGCAUGGGUCGCCUCUUGCCAGGGAGAAGGCAGUGUGCCUGCUGGAAGUUGUGUUCCGUGUCAACGAGUACAUGGAGGAGUACAAGCCACUGGCGCUUCCCUCAUUGAUUGAAGGGCUUUCCACUGUCCUCAUCACUCAGCAUCGGAACGGGAGUGAGAGAGCUGCUCGGCUUCUGGUAGAGGAACAAGCAAUUCCUCCUAUUGUGCACAUGCUCAUGCAUGGGUCACCUCUUGCCAGGGAGAAGGCAGUGGGCCUGCUGGAAGUUGUGUUCGGUGUCGACGAGUACAUGGAGGAGUACAAGACACUGGCACAUCCCUCGUUGAUCGAAGUUAAGGUCGGAACCAUGGCAGCGAAAGAAACUGCUGCAAAGGCACUAUCCCACGUGGGGGCACUCCAUCCUCAGUCUGCCUGCUUCACUGCAAACGAAGACGGAAAAGAGAUUCUGCACCUUUUUUAUUUCUUGCAUUUCUUAUGAAUCUUGUGGGACCCGCUUCAGAGAGAUGGAGUCUAAUAUACUCGUUGAGAGAGAGAGAGAGAGAGAGAGAGAGAGAGAGAGAGAGAGAGAGAGAGAGAGAGAGAGAGAGAGAGAGAGAGAGAGAGAGAGAGAGAGANGAGAGAGAGAGAGAGAGAGAGAGAGAGAGAGAGAGAGAGAGAGAGAGAGAGAGAGAGAGAGAGAGAGGGAGGGAGGGAGGGAGGGAGAGAGAAAGAGAGAGAUCAUCAUCCACGUGGUAGUAGGCAACCGUUCCACAUACCGUGUCCGUUUGUAUAUCCAACCACCAUUCUCUGUCGCUUGCAAUCCCCAUAGGAGUAGUUGGGAGGAGGAGCAGGGUGUAUCAUCCGGAUCUGCAGGUGUGAUUCUUACCUCUGGACGAUCUCUCUCUGCCACUGUAAUUAUGGAUCGCCGAAGGCUUUACUGUUGGCUUUCUGCAUAUACUUUCUUAUGAUUCUUAAGUUCGUAUAAGUUCGUAUCAAUCCUUUGCAUAUAGUACAUUCCGAAACUGAUUGAUUUUUCUGAUUCAAGCAUGGCUGAGUUGUGGACGUAAUCUCCGGCUCUCUGCUAGUUAGGAGCAUGCAGUCACUCUUCCCUUUCCAAGCUAGUCAAAAUUUUAUUGCAAGUGUGGAAGUAAGCAUGAUAUACACCUGUGUUCUUCUGCAGAGCUCGUUUCUGCACCAUUUUAAAAAGUUGCUCUGAACCUUCUCACGAAAAUCGAUCUGCAUCUCACCCAGUUCCAUCCAUUUCCUUUCACAGUCUCAGUCGGACUCCCUUCUCAAAUUCCACGAAAUUUCAGUUGUCCCUCCCACAAAAUUUCGCUUUCUCUCUUCCACAAAACUUCGCUUCUCCCUUCCCUGGAAUUUCGCUUCUCCCUUCUCUCUCCCCCAGAUUGCAUACGUCUCUUGUUUCCUCGGUGCACUUGCACCCUCCCGUUGCGCCCUUCAGGUCCUUCACUAGUUACUCUUCACUCCCCCUCGCUGUCUUUCUCUUGCGUCAAAUCCCCACCUCCUCCUCCUCUUCCUCCUCCUCCUCUCGACACAUCUACCUUCCCUCCCUGGCCUUUGUCUGCUUUCGUGCGCCGUGCAACAAUUUGACUCUAAGAUUAUCUUCAUGCGAGUGAGUUAUGAAUUGCCAUCGGUCUGAAUGGCUGGCGAGUAGCAGGCGGUUUUCUUACAAGACGAGCACUCAGGGAGGGAAGUGUUUUCCCCCGAUAAAUCAAUGUGGGGUGUGGGUGGGAGGACAGCAGAAGUGCCAACAUUGAUUCAUGCUGGCGAGUGAAGGUCAUCAUUCAUCGUGUCGUCUGUUGCUGUGUAGAGCGGAUGGCUGGUCAGGGGAGACACAUGCAGCCAGAAAGGCAUGGCCAUCGGCGGACCUUGAGAUGCCAAAUUAAGUGUUACGAAGAGAUUUGCUUGGGUUGUGUAGAGUCUGUAGACUAGUUAGUAAGUAGUACAAAGGACGUUUCCCCUCUAACAAGCAGCUAUCAAUGUUUAGAUCUAGGGGACUCUUUCUGCGAAAUCAAUUGUUAAAGCUCAGAAGAAGAAGAAGAAGAAGAAGAAGACGUUUUUUCUGCAACGUCUGUGGAAAUGAUGGAUACGGUAUUACAGUCUAAAGUUGCUGUUUGUCAGUAGCAUGUGCCAUUGGGUACCACCUCACUCUCCUGAGAGUGAGGCCGAUGAGUCAGCUGAGGAGUUAGCUGAUGAGAGGAGUCAGCUGAUGAGUCAGCAGAACUUGGUGCCGUUCCUUGCAGAGCAAGGGGGGGGGGGGAGGAGGGGCCCAGAGGGCCUGUGAUUGGUGCAGGUGUAAAUUUCCAUGAAAUAGCAGGGGGGGGUCUUCAUAUAGGCUUUUGCCUUGCAGGUGUGGCAAAUUCGGGAAAGCAGGAGGAGGGCGAAGCAGGGGAGGAAUGAUUAGGUGUGGUCCCACAAUAUCAGUGUGAUUUCUUUUGUGGGUGGGCUCCCUUAGUGCGCACCUUUGUUGGGUCCACCGUUUCUGCUGGGCUGUCUUGCAAGAAAGCCGCUGUCGAAUUCAUUGUCUCGAAAAGAAAAAAAAAAUGCAUCUGAGGGGCUGAAUUGUUGUCUCCCCUUCUUUUCUUGUAUUCUUCCCUUGGGUAUCUCUCUUGUGUUUGCUUGGUAGCCUUGGUAGCCUCCCAGCCUCACGGCCCAUGCUGACGAUGUUGUGUGUCUUUAAGUCGCAGACAUGAAAAGAGUCUGCGACUCUGCGGAGAAAAAGUUCCUUGUAGAGCAUUUCCUCUAUGUCUGUGACUAAAAGGACUACUACCUUGUAGUAGUCCCUCGAUGUCUGCGACUGUGAGCACUGCUUGGGAUGGAUUGUAAAUCAGUUUAUAACUUUAUGUUACUUCAUAACAUUUUGCACUUUAUUUAUGGAACCUUAUGAUGCUAUUGAGCUGCCUCGUGCACAGCCUCAGCGAAAGUCGGGAAACUGCAGGGGAAAUGGAGGGCAACUGCAAGGGAAACUGCAGGGGAAAUGGAGGGCAAGGAGGACGGAAGUGUACAGAUGGUUUGGUGCCCUUUCUGGAUGAUGAGGCUCCCAUUUCCCGUUGUAGUACUGAGGAUCUCACCGACGUCAAAGUGAACAUCGGCAUUGAUGUCAACAUCAAGUGUCAUCAACAUAAUAUCAAUGUCAGUCCUGUAUGCAAAUUUUGAUUGGCUGCGGAUGUUACGCUUUGUGCGUAACACG